AUGGCAACAACUACUAUCUACGGGACGCCAGUGUGGGAAGCAGCUCCCUUUAUGGAAACGAAUCCAUUUGGGGUAGAUGCCACUCACAUGUUUGGCGUGACCCUCCGAGGCAAGACGUUUGCGUUUUCGGGGAAUUUGCGGAUUCCAGAAUUGGAUUUUUGUGGCAAUUUUAAAAUUGCGUGGGGAUUCUUUGACAAUGGCACCUACGGAUUGGGUGGAAAAACUACUCAGACUCCUCGUCCCAAGGAUUGGUACAGCUUUGAUGGAACCGAAUGGACGCGGCUGGCCGAUUUUCCCGGAGCGGGUCGAACGCAUCCCGCUGUAAGCGCGGAAGGAGGCAAAGUGUGGGUAGGAGGAGGAUUCGGCGAACUCUGCGAAACAGACGCCGAUCCUUGUGAAGCCCAAGAGUUUUACUAUCCUCGAGACAAAGAUCCUCGGGGCUAUGCUUGGAACCUCAGAGAUACUUGGAUUUACGAUGUGCCUACCGAUACUUGGGAACGUGGAGCCAACUUACCCUAUCCCAUUCAUCAUCCUCUUCAUUUUGGAAUGGACGGUGGCGCAUACAUUCUGGGUGGACAUGCCGCAGCCAUUAUCUACAACAACGUGUGGCGGCACAAUUUUUUAGUCGAUGGAACUGAUUCUUGGUCAGAAAUGGCUCCCUUUCCCGGUCCAGGACGUGUGGCGGCAACUCAAUUUGAUCAUGCCGGCAAAGGAUAUAUUAUUGGUGGAGAAAUGGCCAUCAAGGGGAACAAUCUCAUGGAUGGAUGGCCCAAUGGGGCCGCCUAUGGUAUGUCCACCGACAGCUCCAUCAAAGAAGAUCAUCGAUCCAUGCCUACAAACGAAGUAUUGGAAUACGAUCCCGUACUCAACCAAUGGAAUAAUGAUCUUCCUCCCGUACCCGAUAGUGGUUCUCGAUGGGCUGGAUCCAAUUUUGUGAUCGACAACUACAUCUACGUCUUUAACGGUGUCAUUCGAAAGGGACAUUAUCAUUUUGGAAACUUUACACAAGACUGGCCGCAACAGGGAUGGCGCAUGUAUCUGGGGCCCGAAUACUCCUUUACCACUCCAGGAGGAUAUGCUGGUCAGACAAAGACAGCUACUAACACACAAGACUUAGUUGCGAGGGCAUCCUUGCGAGGAUCGUUUCCCUAA